GUGGAACUUCCUGUUCUCUACUAUAUACUACAUACUACAAUGGCUACGUCCUUAACAGUCAACAGUGAUUUACAGCGGGAAAACCAUGAAAAUAAUUUAAAAGAAAAUGUUACAGACACAAUUCCACCCACAGUCAACUCUUCAUCGAAGAAGAAGAAGAAAAACAAAAAGAAAAAGAAACCAGUAACAACCCAAGCCAAUGGUGAACAUCAAGAGAACGAAACCUCAAAUAAUCAAAAGAAUGAGAAAGAUUCUUUAGUUUCAGAGUUACUAUUAGAAAACGAGGAUCUUAAAAAUGAAAUCGAUGCUCUGAAAAGUACACUGGAAGAAACGAAACGCAAUUAUGUUGAUACCAAUGAAUCAAAAGGUCACAUACUGGAAGAAAUGGAUAAUUUGAAACAACAAAUCCAAGAUUUGAAAGAGUCUAACGAAAUAAAAUUGGAGGAAAAAACUAGAGCUCAGGAAGAAACCCAAAACUUGCAAGACAUGUUACGAAAUGUCGGAAAUGAGCUGGUCGAUUCUCGUGAUGAAGUAAAAGAAUUAAAAGAAAAACUUCAAGAUUUGGAUAAAAAGGAUGAGACUGCCGUUCAAAUUUCGGAGGUAAACUGUAAUGAGAUUACACCAAACGUGCUUUCUGAUGCCAACGGACCGAAAGCAAAUAUUUUAGAUGGUAUAUCGAAAGAUGUAAUAGACAAAGAGUAUGUAAGGAACGUUUUGAUUCAAUUUUUGGAGAAUCAAGAACACCGUGAACAAAUUCUACCUAUCUUAGCCAUCGCUCUGGACUUGGAUGAAAUUCAUCAGCAGAUACUUUUAAAAAGUGUCAACUAAUACUUAAACCGAAAUACAUGCUUUCUUGGUUUUAUUUACUGCCUUCUUUUUAUUAUAAAUCAAUUUCGUUUAGAACCACCACUAUUUACAAAAUUGAAUUUGUUUUUAAUCAGGCGAGAAUAGAAAUAUGUUAACUCAUUAUGCAUCAUUAAAAAUAACUAACAAAAAGCAAGGGUUACGUGAAAUCAGGACAAAAUUUGAUUAAGCCGUUUGGAACUUUUUGGCAUUCGAAUCCACAUAAGCUGAAGCGGAAGUAGCGUAUUUAGAUGCUACUUUCGGGAUAUUCUUUUUCACAUUGACAUAGUCCGCUCCAAGCUUUUCUUCUGGAGAGGUGCGCUUUCCAAAUCCGAUGUAAGAGCCUACACGUUGUAAGAAUCCAAAAACACCCUGUUGUUCGUUAGUGGGGACGGGUCCAUAAAAUAACAAAUCAUGAUGUUUCAAUUUAUCGAUUGCAUCUUGACGAUGGAAGGGUUUAUUAAUGGCCUCUCCGUAUUCGGACAAAGCAGACUUUAUAUCUUCAUUGGACCAACCAGCGUACUCGGGAAGAGAAGCUUUUGAGAAAUUCUUUUCUGCUUUUUUAAGAAUGGAUUUGUUUCCUUGAUUAGUAAGGGAACGAUAGAUGUUGCAAGCAUUCUGAACCAAAUGUUCACGAUUCUUGGAAGGAUGAAGUUUGCCGUGAUAAUACUUUUUGAAUUCUUGAAUCCAACUACUUAAUUCCUUCGAACUAAGUGUGUUGAAAUACACAGCCCAAUGAGGGAUUGUUCCUUUGUUAUAAUGCUUACGAACGAUGCCUAUCAAUUUUUGCUUGUUGCUUUUUUUCGGGACAGGCACACCACGUAAAUAAAGGAACUCGCGAAGUUUAGAUUCUUGCCAUUUUUCCAAUACAUUUUCAUCUACCAGAUCGCGAAUUUUUGAAGAAGCAGCUUCCUUUUGGGCUUUAAUUUUUUCCGAGCCUUGAUCAAGUUUAUCAGAGGCAUAGGAAGCAGCAUUAGAAGCCCUAUGUUUGAGGUCCCCAGUCUUUGAGGAGACAGCGCGUGCAUUUGAACUUUUUGCAUGCUUGAUUUCAUCUUUAAUUUGAUUAGCAUUCGUGGUAGCACCGUGAUAUACAUCGGUCGCUGCAGUAGAAGCAUCUGAAGCUACAUCGGAAACAGCGCCGGAAGCACUAUCAGUGGCAGAAGACACAUGCUCCUUUACUGUUGCUUUUAAACUUUCGUAACCGUUUGUCCUCAGGUAGUAUUGUCGACGAGCCGAAGCCCACAAUUUGUCAAGCGCAGAUGGUUGGUAGAUAUUAAUUCCCCUAGCGUCCAAAUAUGCCUUCAAUCCAGAUUCAGACCACCAGGUAGCUACACGGCCUUUACCUUGAGAGGCUUCGUGAAGCUUGUCAGCCUUUUUCUGUAAAUCAUCGCCAACGUUUUCACCGGCUUCGGUAAGUUUCUUGGAAGCAUAUUCUGCAUAAUCUUCUGCCUUCUUACUGGCAUCAUCGGCAUAUUUACCGACUUUAUCUGCUUUCUCCGUGGUAUCCUUCUUGAUGGAGUCAACUACAGGUUUACCAGACUCCAAUUGUUCAGACAUGGUUUCUUUUACCUUGCUGAGGAUAUGAGGACGGGUUUCAUGAGCUUGUAUUGGGACUCCCAUAUCAUGAAGCCAAGUGCGAAGCUCAUUAUCUGACCAAGUAUCGUACACCCAAUCGCCAGUUUCACCUAGCUUAGUUACUAAUAGCUUAUAUUCCUUGACGGCCAGUUUACGAAGAGAAGAAGGAGAUAGUUUUUCAAGCAAACGUCUUUUCUCAACCGGAGCAAAUGCGUCACUGUAACGAGCUAAAAAUGCACGAAGUUGGGAGUCGUUCCAAGCAUCGAAAAAGCGAGACUUCUGUUCGUCCCAUACGUCAGAAGUCGUACCUUUUGCACCAGAGGCAACGUUUCCUAUGUGUUGACUAGCCUUAUUCAUCUUCUCUUUGGCACUGUCAAAAUAAGGAGAUGUCUUUUUACCGAUCCAGCUAGAUGAUUCGAAACCAGUAGCUUCUUUAAAUCUUGGGAUCAGUGACUCAUAGUGUUCAACCAGAAAAUCUCGGAACUCGGCAGGAGUGGAUCGUGUACCAUAUGGGACAGAAUGCUCGUCAAGCCAGGUUUUUAUUGCUGAAACAUCCUGCUUUUUAUAUGUGGAAAACCCAUAAAAGCUUGAAUAAAGUGCAAGGGCCGCUAAGGUACUUAAUAUAAAUAAUUGCUGAACCCGCAUAUUGCGAAAUUAAGCAAGAAAAAAGUAGAACUGAACAAAACAAAGCACAACAGAACAGAACAGAAACGGAAGUUACGACAGAUCGUGGAACUUGCGAAUGAAUGCACUAGCUCAAAACUUCAGUAGACGUGUUGAGUUUAUUAGAGAAACAGCGUAAUAUCUCUUUUUGAUAAGGUAUAAUAAAUAUGACAAGUUUGAAACAACACCGGUGCACAAACAGUAAACCGCGCGCUAAUUUCAAUCUAACCCUUUUAAAAGAUUCUUGUUAUAAGAAAAAUAAUAAUUACUGGGAAUGUUACGCAAGCGUCGGGAAAAACUUAACUCAAAAUCUUCAGUCAAGUUAUAGCGACUUGAGGAUGGUUAAUAUGACAAAAAGGAAUCAAGGUUUUUGAAUUGUGUAUUUGGUAACAAUUUUCCAGUCCCUACUUCAUGUGUGUUAUAUAUAUACACUUUGGAACAUUGCAUCAAUGCGAACGAACUGACGUAAAGCAUAAUCUCUGUUCUACGUGCAAUAUCACGGUACGGCAAGUAUGUUAAUAGUGUAAUUGCAUUCAUGACAUAAACUAAAUGUAAAACACACUUAAAAUGCGAGAAUCGCCAUUUGGCUUCCCUCAACUCUUAGCGCGGUAAGAAUAUCAUAAAACUUAAGACGAUAUUAUCACCUUG